AUGCGAUUGCUCAAUGUAGAGACAUACGAGCUCCAAACCAUUCAUGUCGAAAACGUCACAUACGCGAUACUCUCGCACCGUUGGUACGAAGAAGAGAUAACAUUCGAAACCCUAAAUGCCGCCCAGCUCAAAAACACCCAAGAACAGUCGCCACAACUGGACAAGAUUAGAGGCGCCUGCGCGCGAGCAAAAGAAGAUGAGCUGAAAUGGGUCUGGAUUGAUUCUUGCUGCAUUAACAAGGCUAGCUCUCAGGAGAUGAACGAAUCGAUCAAUUCGAUGUUCCAGUGGUAUCAGAAAGCUGCCGUCUGCUACACCUAUCUGCCAGACGUUGUGAGUACAACCCCGGGUACCGAUCUGUUCAGGCCUCAUGAGACUGAAGAUUGGCCUGCGCGAAAGUAUUCGGAGUGGUUUGAGCGCGGCUGGACACUGCAAGAGCUGCUCGCGCCCCGCAAGAUGAAAUUCUUCGACAGAGACUGGCAACCGAUAGGUACGAGAGCAGAUCUAGCCAGGGACAUCUCGCGCAUCACUGGCAUCGAAGCCCGGUACCUUACUGGGACAGUGGAAUUUCUAAACGCCAGCAUUGCAACGAGACUAAGCUGGCAAGCCGGCAGAAGGACGACCAAAAUCGAAGAUAUUGCGUACAGCCUCGUCGGUGUGCUGGACGUGCAGCUUGUGCCGUUCUAUGGAGAGGGCAGACAAGCGUUCCAGCGUCUGCAAGAAGAAAUACUCAAAAGACAUCUUGACGAGUCUAUUUUCGCUUGGACAGCGCCUGUAGGAAGUCUACCCAGCCACAGCCGUCCUUGGGUUUCCGAUCAAUGGGGCCUCUUAGCACCUUCCCCCGACUGCUUCAAAAACUCUCGAGACAUAGUCAUCAACGGACCGUCGACGAGCCGUCCUCCUGGCCACAUUCAAACCACAGUAGAAGGUGUGACAUUUCCAAUUUCUAUAAAAGACCUAAUGGCCUCGAAGUACCCACAGGCUUGGUUCGCCUUCUAUUUCUUGUCGACAUUUACCCUUAUUGGACCAUUUGCCGUGCAAGCAUAUGCAAAGCAUCGCCACGCCGAUUGCAAAGUCUUUCCUCUCACGCUCAAUUGUUGGCGUAGGGACGAGUACGGUCAGCGCAAAGCUGUACAAGUCUUUAUCAGUCGAGAUAGAAAGGGCGACCAGCUGUGGAGGCGAUGCAGGUGUGAUGAGCUAGGAUCUACGAACGAGAGACAAUCUAACGCGACGUACGCGGACAAGAUACUAUACAAUGUGACGCACAAUAACGCCGGUCAAGCACCAGAUUGGCUUGAUAUUACGAUUCUUCAACCAAACGGUGUUAGGUGGCCUGUUUGA